UUAAAAUAAAUGGGCCGUAUAAAUUGAUAUGGACCAUGAGUAACUGUUAAUGACCUUAUGUAAAUGUGAACACCUAGAAUGGGCCUCUCUUACAUUAGAUGGAGGAUCACACAUUCACACUCUACACACACGCACACGCACACGCACACGCACACGCGCUCCCUCCUCCAUCGCUAAGGGUAGAGUAGAAGACUGGAAAGGAGUGGUGGAUGGCGCUUUCUCUCAACCUGCCUCGACCACCAAGCCUAACCCUAAGCCAUAGCCUUAGCAGCGUAGUGCCUAGGAGAAGGUUGGCUUGGAUCCGAUGCGGCCCCCGCGACAACCGCGGACCUCUUCUGAAAGGUCGGAUCCUGAGUUCCGAAGCCAUCCAAUCGAUCCAGUCCCUAAAGCGAGCCCACCGCACCGGCUCCCUCUCCCUUAGUCUCCCUCCUCUCCGCCGUCUACUCAAAUCUGACCUCCUCUCCGUCCUCCGUGAGCUUCUACGCCAGGACCACUGCACCCUCGCUGUCCACGUGCUCUCCACCCUCCGUUCUGAGUAUCCUCCCCUCGACCUCGUCCUCUACGCCGACGUCGUCAACGCUCUCUCCAGGAACAGGGAGUUGGAAGAGAUAGACCGUCUGAUCGGCGAAAUGGAGGGAAUUGAGGGUGGUUACCAAAGCGACAAGGCCCUCGCGAAACUGAUCAGGGCGGUGGUGGGAGCAGAGAGGAGGGAAUCGGCGGUGAGGAUAUACGCCAUGAUGAGAGAGAGCGGGUGGGGGUCUAAAUCGUGGGAGGCGGACGAGUACGUAGCGGAGGUUUUGAGCAAGGGACUCCGGAGGUUAGGGGAGCCAGACUUGGCAGCUCAGGUCGCCGCCGCCACUCAGAUGUGCAAGUCAAAAGGUUUUGGAAAUGGAACAGUGUAAGAAUGUAGAGUGGUGGAGGACCUCAGCACAAUUCUCCUCCCUGAGACACACUUUGUUUAGUCUCUGGGUAAGUCAGGUUAACCCAAGCCCCAUGGUGUGAUAGGAUUGUUUCAUCUCUUCGAAUUCCAUAUUUCUUACCUUUUCUGUUGUUAUUACGGUUACAAAAUUCCACAUUCUCAUAUAAAGUACCAUAUUCAGUAGUACAUUAUUACUA